AUGUCGGAGUCUAAUAAGGAAAACGGUGAAAAUCCCUUGGAUAUAGAUAGUAACAACUUCAAUUCGGAAAUGUACUUAGAAUGUUUGAUGAAGCUUGCUACACUAAAGCAAGUUAUGGAUAAAGAAGCGGAGAUAGUAAAACAAAGUCAGUUUUUACAAUCUGAAAUGCAGACCUUAGUUUACGAGAACUAUAAUAAAUUUAUUUCGGCAACGGAAACCGUGCGAAAAAUGAGAUCUGAUUUUCAGAUAAUGCAGGAAGAAAUGAACAAGCUAAGUGAAAAUAUAAAUAAAAUAACUUCUUUUAGUUCCCAGAUAUCAGACUCGCUCAAAGAGAGUGGAACUAACGUCAAUCGUUUGUGUUCCACUAGACAGUUGCUUGAUAAACUUCAAUUUCUAUUUUUGUUGCCAUCACAGCUGAAUAAAGCAAUAUCAGAAAACAGAUACGCUGAUGCAGUUCAUGAUUAUGCACAUGCUCAGCGAGUCUUACAAAAGUAUGGCAACCAGCCAUCGUUCCAGAGCAUUCAAUCAGAAUGCUCCGAAAUUAUUUUUGGUUUAAAGAAAACAUUGAGGGACAGACUAACAGACCCUGACACAUCAGCAUCCGAACUUGCUGAAAGUGUUGGGCUUUUAAGACAAUUACAAGAAACUGACACAUCAUUACAAGAUAUUUUCUUAAGUUGUGCUGAAAGUAGACUGGAUCAACACCUUAAAGGCUUAAGUAUUUUGGUGGAGCGCACAGACAUUCUAGAAUGGGUUGAGAAAUGUAAUAACACAUUAUUAGCUGAUUUAGGCAUAGUUAUUUCAUGCUAUCAUGAAAUUUUCCAGGAUAAGGAUAAUACAAAUUUGCCAGAGUUUGGGGAGAAAGUGAUGUCCCAGGUAUUUCAACUUUUUGAAGAGGUAGUGAAAAGGCCAGAAAAUAAUGGCACAGAAAUACUGAUAAGAGGUUUGGAUAAAUUCUUUAGAAAGCUACAGGCCAUGUCUGAAAUAAUCUCUAGUGAUACAGUCUCACAAAAAGCUCUUGAUGUAGUUAUUCAAUGUGUCAGACACAAGGCUUCAUUACAAUAUCAAUCUAUUCAAAGCCAAUUUAAAGACAGCCUCAUGAGGGUAAGACAAACUUUAGCAAGCAAAGGCACAGAAUCUGUUGAUUUGAGAGACAUUUUAAACUCUUUGCAAGUUUAUUUAUUGCAAAAGAUUCAAGCUUCUUUAUUAGAUCUAAAGGCAUUUCUGCAGAACAACUUGUCUUUUGGACUAAAACCAUGGUGUGCAAAAGCUGUUGCUGACAGUUGUUGGACAGUUAUAUCUGAAACAUUGAUCAGCCUCUCAGACAUGGUAAAGAAAAUGGCCUGUUUGAAGACUUCCAACAAUAUCCCCUUUGAAUUGCUUCUAAUCUUGGCAAAGCUAUGUUUGGAACUGCAGGAAAAUGGAGUGACAACAUUACACAAUCACCUCAUAAAACUUCUAGAAGAAGCUGCACCUGGUUUAACUGUAGACAAUAAAGAUACAAAUAGUGUAAUGGUACAUUUAUCUACUGCAGCCCAAUCGGCUCUAGAUUCUGAAGUUGUCUACAUUGGUCAAACCGCUGCACAGAUGCUGAGAGUAUCAGUUUUGGCACGGGAUUGGUUACGUGCACCCGAGCCAAGGGGUCCUCGAGCAGUGUGCAGGAGAGUAGUAGAAACACUAGCAAGUGCUGAUAGUGCUGCUUCUCAGCUCUUUCCAACAAGUGUGAAGCCGUCAAGUGAUUCUAGUAGACGCACAAUUUGGUCACGAGCACCAUCAUCAUUUUCCCCCAUUAACAGGAUAUUUUCAGAGCGAAUUGAAGUUUUCAGUCCAGCAGGUGCAGAUAGGGGAGCUUUGUCUAAUGGGGCCUUAAAAGUAGCGCUUAAAGCUCUUGUAGAGUGUGUCAGGCUACGUACAUUUGGCAAACAUGGCUUGCAACAGCUGCAAGUUGAUGUACACUUCCUACAACAGAGAUUGUCUUGCAUGGGGAACGAUGAGAGACUUUUAAAUGCAUUAUUAGAAGAUGCUCUUGCGUCUGCCCAGUUAAGGUGUGUUGACCCACAGUUAAUGGAACCUAGCAUUGUUGACAUAAUAUGUGAACGUGGAUAA